GAGCGAGGACCGAGAUAUUAUUCCAAGGCAAAUGGCAAAGCUUCGGUAGAAUUUUCUUUCGGAAAAAAUUUUGACCUAGUUCGUCUCACCUCGAGAACAGACGGGGCAGCGAUAUGGCCGUGUGUUUAGAGAGUGGGUCAAGCUAUAACAUUGUAUCGAGAAAUGGUCAGAAAACGAGUAAAUCGUUGUUUCUCGUGAAGCUUACCGAUUCAUGCCUAAAAACACUUAAACAGCUUCAAGAUUCGACGGGAAAACUGAAGGUCACUAAAGGCGGUACUGUAAAGCAACCCUCUAUUCGAUUCAGAAAAUCGGCUAAAGCUGGGACUCUAUUCGUUCCCUCUAAAAAUGGAAGUGACAACGACGGAACGCGGUUCAAUUUCACGUGCUCCAACCUAUUCAUGGCAAACAGCACGAUCGGUCUGGAUUGCUUGCAGCAGAAGAGGGACGAUGGCAAUUUGACGUUGCUAGGAAAUAUCUGCGAGAAGAUUACCAUAAGCGCUAACAAUGACAGUUACGUAGCUACAAAAACUAGAAUGGCCGAGGUGGAGAAAGAGCGCCAAGGAAGCAGAGCUAAAGUGAUUGAACUCUCCAAGAAUGGCGCAGUGAAAAAGACCAAAUGGACUGUGCAACCGAAUGCGAUGCAAAAAAAGUAUCUGCGUAAUGUCAGCAAAUGCAACAAAAACAACCAAAGCUCGAAGGGAUUAAGGGAAAAAGUUAUCCAUUUGCUGGCGUUGAGAUCGUUUAAUAAACUCGAACUGAGAAUGAGAUUGGAGAAAGACGGGGUGAAGCUGAAAGAUGCCAUGAGUGUUUUAACCAAUAUUCUUCAGCAGGUGUCUGUCAUGCAGGAUAACACAUACUCUCUCAACCGUCAUUUGUACAGCGAAGUUCAGGUUGACACUUGGCCUGGAUACAGUGAUGAAGAUCGAGAAGCCGUUCGAAAGAAACUUGUCGCCGAGAUGGGCUCGAGCGUCGACCGACUGUCCCCCGGACCACUAGGAUUGCCGUUACCGGGCAAUGGCUCAAACAAACGGCCACUUGCCGGAAACAAUGCAACGGGUACAAAUCCCGCUGGGAAGAAACCUCGUAUAGCACAUAUCACCGCGACGUCAAAGACCGAGAAGAAAAGAACCGAACCUUCUCCGCCGAAGCUUACGUCACAACCGCCUCGGAAUGUCCCAGAGGGACGUGCGAGCCAAGACCAAUACAGACCAGACCACGAAACGGAAAACAAGAAUUCGACCAAAGACAGCACGAAAUUUCACAAAACUGCAAAUGCUACCGAAGAUAACGACGGAAACAACAAUACGUUCUCAUAUUCCAAAACGGAGGCGUCAACGAAAGAAGAUUAUCUUCAGCGGUAUCUCGAGAUUAAAACUUACGAGCAGCGAUGUUCUUAUAAACGAGAUUUUGCCAGAGAAUACACGGAGUUCACCGAAACGAAAGAACGUCUAGACUCCGUCACCAAACAAUUCAACGAACUCAAAGAGCGAUUAAAGAAUUUUCCCGAGGGAAGCAAGGAUGCCGAGGAACUACAGGAGGAAAUAUUUAAAGUAUACGAGGAAAAAAAGGAGGGUUGGACGAGAGAUCGACAGAGACUAAAUUAUCUAUACCCGAAAUUGAGCCACAUCAAGAAACUAGUUAUUCAAUACGACCAAGCUCACAUCGAAGCAUCUUAAAUAGAUACGUCAUGUAAGUGGAGAAGAGAAAUCUUGACAAUUUCCUUUGUUCCCUCCUUCGGUAACGAGACACGUCUCCCACGAGUCAGUAUUUCCCAAAUAUUACGUAAAUUUAUUGUAGGCGGGAGGGGGGGCGUACCCGUUGAGUGAAGUGAUAGUCCGUGUCGGCUUUGGAGGACUGGGGUACAGUCGUUCACAGAUCGCGAAAUUAGUGCAGAAAAGUCUGACGACAUCAAAAUUACAAAUAUCGCAAUAGUUGUAGUUAGGGCUCGUGAUGCGUGGCCACAAUUGGCUUUAAACUUAUAAGCAGAGAUUUGAAAUCUUUUUUCUAGCUUAGAUUUUUCUUUCUUUUUUUUGGCAUUAAAAAUCUACGCUCACAAUGAACGUUGUCCAACGAUGAGCGACAGCCCAUAUAUUCGCAUAACGCUGCGUGAACGUCACGGCUGGGAUAUGGUAAACGGCUGUUGUAUGAACACCUAUCGACUUGGUUUAAUCUGUGUGCUCGGUGUACCUAAUCCGAUCUCGAGAGUCGUAAUCUAGAUUAGUUGAUCUGCUUUUUGUAACUAUGCUUUGCCACUUUGUUGUUACUGUCACUGUGCCAAAUAUGAAUCAAAAUCAAUUGAUACAACUA